CAGAUCAGGAAGGGGCGGGCUGUUAAAAAGGAGGAAAAGCCAAGCGUACCUAACCUAACCAAGCAUUUGUCAAUUUGUCCAGGAGAUGGCGACAUAAACGGUGGCUGUCCAGAAGCAUAAAAGUCAAUCCAGUACGGAUGGGUGCUUGUUUUCUAGUACUGGACCGUAGAUGGAGACACAAACAUGCAAAAUUAAACAUGCAUUUUAUCUUUUUUUUUCUCCCAGUGUAUCAUCGUUAUUAUGGUUUUACCAAAAUAUGCUCUCUUCGGGACGUUUGGCAACAAUAUUUAUAAAGAAUUCUGGUCAUUAGAAACAAUGACACAGUGCACUUCAGUUUCUAUUAAAACUUAUAGGUAAAUACUCACGAUAUAAAACACAAACUUAACAUUGAAUGUCUCUGUCAAAGACGAUAAAUGUCAACUAUAAGAAUAUAGUGUCAUUUUUCGGUAAUGAUAAUGGCCGAUGAUGACCGCACUUCGGGGCGUUUCAGGUCAUUGUAACCCCGCCCACGCUCCAAACUCUCCGGGCUGUUGGGUCGGCUGUGUUUUUACCCUUUCCAGCUUCCCAAAUAUCUCUUUAGCUCAACAUGUUGUAGUUAGCUAUGUCGGUGCACUUUCUACGGGAGGAAAGCCUGCAGGAUAGUUAGGCUGUCUUUUUCUUCUUGAAGAGACGUGCGACUCCAGACGGGCAACAGGUGUUUUGGCGAUACAAGCAGUUUUGUCUCUCAGGGUGUUCUGUCCAGCAAUCCUCCUCUGUCUGUAUUCCAUCUCCUCUUCUUCUCCUCCACCCAUCACCCAGCUAUGUCAGGUGACAUUCUCCAGCGGCUCAGCACCUUGACCCUAAGCAUCAAACACCUCCGCCGCCUGCCCCACUUCUCGGACAUCAUCCCUUCACCCAGCCCAACCGUCACCGCAUCCCAGGUCCCCAGCUUGUUCCGAGAGCCCUACAUCCUGUCGGGCUACCGUCCUGUCCAGCAGGACUGGCGCUGCUACCUCCUCAGCCUCUUCCAGAGACACAAUGAAUCCCUGAACGUGUGGACUCACUUGUUGGCAGGUCCUGUGCUGCUGCUCCGCUGGUGGGCCAACGUAGGCGCCCUGGGGUACACCCUGGACGCAGCCUCUCUACCUCUGAGUGUCUUCCUGGUGUCUUCCUUCAUUUAUCUGUUCUUCAGUGUGGCAGCACACCUCUUGCAGUCUCACUCUGAACAUGCACACUACUUCUUCUUCUUCAUGGACUAUGUGGGUGUAGCAGUGUAUCAGUAUGGUUGCUCACUUGGCCAUUAUUUCUAUGCGUCAGAGCCAGAGUGGAGAGAAAGCUGCAUCGGGCUGUUGUUUCUACCUGGAGCUGUCUUCUUUGGGUGGCUUUCCUGUGCAGGUUGCUGUUUCGCUAAGUCCAGGUACCGGCGGCCAUAUCCAUUGCAGCGUAAGAUCUGCCAGCUGAUCCCUACCACCCUAGCAUACCUGCUGGACAUCAGCCCUGUAGCCCAUCGCCUGUUCACCGUCUCCUGGACACAGGAGCCCUCACUGCCCUUCCACGCCCUCCAUAUUGCCUUUUUCAUGCUGUCUGCCCUCUUCUUCUCAUGUCCCAUCCCUGAGAGUUUCUUCCCGGGCCACUGUGACUUCAUGGGUCAGGGUCACCAGAUCUUCCACCUGUUUCUGUCCCUGUGCACUGUGUGCCAGCUGGAGGCUCUCUUCCAGGACUACGCCAGACGGAGGGAUACAGUGGUGGAGGUAUUUGGAGAGAGGCAGCUGUGGUGGGCUUGUGUAUCCUUCCCUGUCUUGUUCCUGUGUUGCAUCCUGACAGCACUUAUCACAAUGAGGCACAUGAACAAGAAACUGCAGGGUAAACAAGACAGAGACAAGCUCUCUGCUCUCUGAGGUAAGCAGCAGUGUCAACAUUGAAAGAUGGAGUGAAAGAGCAAAUCUGGAUUACGGCGUUCAUUGAAGUGGACUAGCCAGAUAGUGGGAUUUGGGUGAACAAAGAGGCUAGUUUAAUACUGAGGCAGUGGGAUAGACUGCAUGGAGACAAGUUGGCAGAACGGUCUUCCACGUGGGUAAAAUCCCUCAGCAGAUCCAGUUAGUGUGUGUGUGGUGGGGGGGGGAGGUUGGAAAAGAGGACAACACUACACUACAAAAGGCAACAACUACAUGUUUUUGGUUUUAUUUCUCUGCCCAAUAAAAUUACUUAAGACCCUCAAGAUGUGGUGAAGGGCUGACUCAAUCGUAUUGUUCCUAAAUUAAAGGGUUUUGAUUGGCAGAAGUGGGAGCAGAUGAAAGAGUGGUUUAUCUCAAUGUAAAGAUAUUUAGUAGAUUUACACCAGCCAGAUAUCCAGCAAGGCCAAGCAUUACUAUGUAACAAGUCGACAUGGAAAGCAUGAGAUAACAUAAACAGAAUCUAGCGGAAAAUGGAAAAAGCUGGAAAAACCUUGGCAAAUACUGAAUAUUUAGAACAGGCCAUGAAACAAAUCAAGGGUGUUUAGACACUAAUGAUAAACAUGAAUAUAUCUUGUUGACCCUGUUUGUCCAUAUGGAGAAAACCAGGAUAUUGUCAGUGUGUCUCUGUGGUUUUGCCUGUUCUUUGUUAGGUGAUACAUAUUGUAUGUCAGCCAUAUUAAGAUGGUAGCCGCACCUUUUCCUUCUAAUAUGUAAAGUUAAGUAAAUAUGUAAAGUAAAUUCCCUCAGGAUGAGUUUCAGGAUGACUCAGUAUUAGAGUUAAUAUAUCUUAUUCGCUUUCUUGCCAAGUUAAAUGAGAAGCUCGAUACCACUCCCAUAUCUGUCUGUUAGCUUAGCUUAGCAUAAAGACUGGAAGCAGAGGGAAACUGGCUCUGUCCAAAGAAAAUGUGUUAUUGUCAGUUGUUGAGAUAGUCUGAAUGAAAAAACGUGAGCCAAGCAGUGUGUUAGUGAACCCUGUGGUAGCAUUGUUAGAGUCUUAUACGCUCAUGCAGUAGUCCCACUUUCCUCUGCAGGGUUAAACUCAGCAAGCAUCAGGAAGGUUAUUAUUUUUUCAAUUUGCCCACAAAUAGAGAUGAUUUGUUAGCUUGGUUCAUUCCUCUAUGAGCAAAUUGUGCUUUCAGGAUUAUGUUACAAAUAUUUGAAAUUGGUCAUGAUUCCUGUAGGCUUCCUGUCCCCCUGCUGUAAAAGUGUAGCUAUUGAUUUUGCUGUGUGCCACUGAGCAAAUCUCAUACAGAUCCCAGAAAGGGAACAAAUGAAAAUUGCUGAGCGCUAUAGAUUGCCUGUUCUGCGGGGCUUCAGAAGAUGAUUAUGACAGAAUAGGGCUGUUAAACAAGUAAUGGGUGUGGGUGUUACGUGGUGUCGGUUUCAUCACUAACAAAGAGAUGUUUGUGUGUGUGUGUGUGUGUGUGUAAUCUUAAAGAGUCAGGGGUGGUGAGGUGUGUGAGUUUGGAUGUGUGUGUCAUGGUAAAUCAAUGCAAUCCUUCCUCUGCCUUACCUUUCUGUGUCUCUGUAUCUACAAAGCAAUUACGUUAUUAAAGGAAUAGUUACAUUUUGGGAAAUACACCUUCGAUACCGCUCUCAUAUGUGUCUGUUAAAUAUGAAGGCGGAGCCAGGAGACGGUUAGCUUAGCUUAACAUAAAGACUGGACGCAGGGUAAACAGCUAGCUUGGGUAUGUCCAAAGGUUAAAAAAGGGGGGAUUUUGUAUGGAUUAAACAAACAAGAUAUAACAUGUUUAUCAGUGAGCUUUAGAGGUGCUGGUAGGUUGAUUUUUGUUUUCUUUGGACAGAGCCAUGUUAGCUAUGGUUAAGCUAACAGUCUCCUGUCAUAUUUAACAGACAGACAUGAGGGUCAUAUCAGUCUUCUCAUCUAACUCUCAGCAAGAAAGCAAAUGAGCAUAUUUCCCAGAAUGUCUAACUAUUCUUUUAAGGCAAAACAUGGAAGUUUAAACAAAAUGAACAAAGUCUUCGCUUUAGUUAAAGGGGGGGUAUGCGAUUCUAAUCCAAUACAGAAUUGCAUACCUCACCUUUAAAAACCCAACAAAAAUUAAUUUAAAUCCUUAUUAAAGUAAUUUUACACACCGAACUGGAAAAGAGCAAACGUGUUUAAUUAUUUUAAUGUAGCGUGAAUGCAGAAUAACAUAAUUGGUCUGCUCCCUUAACACUGAAUGAGGUAAUUCCACUAACCAAAAAAAAAAAAAAUGGCUUCAGGGCUAAUAGUGCAGGAGUGGCUGGAAACAUGCAUACAACUGUCAUUGACACACACUGCAAUUUCACACCAUGCAAUGGUAUCCUCCUACAGCCACGCACAAAGUAUAUCCUGUAGACAUGCUGGUAUUUCUUUUGGUUUGGGGUUUUCUAGGUUGCUACCAUUGACUGUAUAUAAAAAUGGACGAUAUGACAGCUCCCCAAAAGUGAAGCCAAAACAUCUCAACCGCCCCCUGGUGGCUAGCUGCAGUAUAGGUGAUAAACCCUGCCCCCUCCAUGUUAGCAGAUGGGACAUGAGCUAAACUAAGAACUCAAAGUACGCAAAAAGGCGGUUUCAACAUCAUGAUUGACAGCUGAGGCCGGCUCGUGAGUGAGUCGGCUGGGUGUAUGGGUGGGACCUCGAUCACUACUGCGUAGACUCUUGCAUUUACGCCAAUUCAAAUGACGAAGCUAUUCAAGUUACCAUUAGAGAAAGACAGUCACUAUCUUUGUUAUAAAUAAAUGAAUUGGGGUCACCAGCCAGGUGGCCGGUAAAUAAUUUGGAAUCAUAUCAUCUAAUGUGUUUAGAUGGUAACCCUGGAUUUGCGAAACUCUCGCGAGAUUUGUACGUGUUUUUUCAUUGUGCGCAUCCCUAAACCUAACCAGGUAGUUUUAUUGCCUAAACCUAAAUCUUACUAGAGUUUCCGCAAGUCCAGGGUUACCAUCUAGACAGGACCCUUACUCUGAGACAGGACACCAAUGAAUGAGUCCCUCCCAAAGUCGCCUGCCUGGUGUGAGCCACAUAAAGCAAAGACAGUUGAACGACUGACAGCAGUUAGUGACAGAGCUACAGCGGAGUCAAGCAGCAUACAACAGCACUAGGACAAUGGCUCCAGUAGGGAUGGUUGGCAUGUUGGGUUUGGUUUCAUCCCCAGAGGUGGGCAUCAUCUCCCUCAUCGUCUUCCUCAUCCUCAGCAUUACUCUCGUCGCCCUGUGUGCCAAGUGUCACAGGAGCAGUGGCAACGCAUAUGACGUGAGCGGCACAACGACUAAUGGAGAAGGAGGAGCCAACGGGACUGCUGGCACAAAGACUGGAGGACCCUCCGACCCAGAUACCGUAGCCUACUCAAAUUGGAGGGACCACAAAAUGCCUCCCAGCACACUGGACAGACCUCACGCAUUAACCAACUAACAAGCCCCGGUUACAGUCCUGAACACUAACCCCACAGCCACAUAACAAAUGUACCACAGAAGGCAAGAAAAAGGAAAGAGGACAAAUCACUCUCAACAUCCCAUUGCACAGAACCCCAGUUUUCCACACUUGACAUUGUUCCAAAUGGACAGAUGGACGGAAAAAGAGAGGAAGGGUAGGAGGGAAAGUUGGCCCUGUCCUCUGCCAGCCUGUGCCAUUAUCCACAGACCUUGUCUUCAUGAUGUCAGGCUUUACUUAUCUGGAUACAGUCUUAAAGGAAGAACCUCUUUUUAAAGUCGUCUCUCCUUUAUGGUAUCUGAAUUCAUCUGACAAGAACUUUUCAUCUGAAGACUUUCUAUUGACUAGCUAUUGAGUAUUUUACAUUAUGAUUUUUUUAAGAGUUUGGAUUCUGUAUGUUUUCACCAUUCUUUUCUGUCAUCACCUACACAGGAACUAUACUGAUCAUUCACAAAAUACAAUCGUCUGGGUUGAUUUAACUCUGAGAGUUUAAAACUCGCUUUGCUGUGACUUGGCCCAAACAAUGCCAAAUGCUGUAAUCAGUUACAAUGUCAUUAAAGCAGCAAACUUACUAGCGUUCAUCUGUGUUGAUUUUACCUCGACAGAUAUUUGGAGUUGAGGUGUUGAUUUGAGGCUUAUUUGUCCAGUCCUUGAGGUAAUAUAACUCUAGGGUGGCCGCUUAAACGGUCACAUCUCGAAUUACCUCUGAAUUACUGGUGACUGGAGACUUUGGUGUCCAGCCAGUAAGCCUGCUCUUUCCAGGAUGCAGAUGAAUUAAGACCCAGUUAGGAAAUUACUACCUUCCACUAUUAAGGAAACCCAGUACAGGGAGCUGAUCAAAUUAUGUGAUUGUCAUGAUGCUCUUUCCUGAGUAGAAUGCAAUGGAAGACAACAGUUUAAGGAUCAUUACAGUGAAACUUUUAGCUUACUACAGAUUGUGUUUACUUAUUAGUUCAAUAUUGGGAAAUACACUUAGUGGCUUUCUUGCUGAGAGUUAGAUGAGAAGAUCAAUAUCACUCCCAUAAGCGUCUGUUAAAUAUGAAGCUACAACUAGGAGAUGGUUAGCUCAGCUUAGCACAAAGACUUGAAGCAGGGGGAAACAUCCUAGUUUGGCUCUGUCCAAAAGGUACAUAAAUCACCUACCAGCACCUCUAAAGCUCACUAAUUAACACAUUAUGCACAUACAAAAACUGAAGCAUAAAAACAACACCUUAUGGUUUUACAGGGGGGUUACGUGCUGUAACUAUUUCUUGGCCAGUGACUUCCUGGAGUCUCGUUAUCACCAUGAGGUUGAUGAGGAAGUCACUGCACCCGGCCAAGAAUAAUCCGUCACAAAACCCCCUGUAAAACACAACACAACUUGGCAGUUUUACACUUUGGUUUUGGUAUGUAUUAAACAAUUGACAUAAAAUAUGUUCAUUUGUCAGCAUUAUGGGUGCUGGUAGGCAGAUGUUUUUUACCUCUGGACAGGGCCAGGCUAGCUGUUUCCCCGUUUGCAGUCUUUGUGCUAAGCUAACUGGCUGCUUCUCACUCUCGGCAAGAAAGCAAAUAAGCAUACUUCCUAAAAUAUCAAACUAUGUCUUUAAUAUUUUUUUCCAGCCAUUUUCAAGCUACAGCAUAUUGUAAAUUUUUAUAUUAUUGGAUGCAUUAUUCCUACCACUCCUGGCAGCCACUGGUUUCCACUCAUGUCUGUACCGUAUGAAAAUAAAUUAGCAGAUUCUUGAAACUGGCAUGAAUUUUGUAAUCCAUCAAUUCAUGUCACACAACGCAAGCAAGUUUCAACAGUCUGCUAACUGAUUUCUAUACUGUAUGGAAAUCAAUGGAAACCAAGGGCUGGAACAGUGAGAAAAAUGUAUCCAAAGUGGUUGCCAAAAAUGUAAGGUAUAUGUGAUUUGUAGAAUAGGGGUUAAAACAUGCAAAACCAUACUAUUGAACUACACUUUUGCUACUGUUGUGCUGGAUGGCAUAGUGGAAGAUCGUGGAGGAAGUGACUUUAGGUUAUGUAAUAUAAGUGCUGACACUGAUAAGAUAAAAUUGUGAUGAGGGGAUUUUUCUAAGCUUUGGUGCAAUUUCAUUAUCACUGAAGGGAUCAACUUUCUGUUUGUAUUUGUUCUUUUGUAUUCUUCCCUUUUUAUUCCAGUGUUUCUCAGUCUGCUGCUGAACAGUCUCUGGUCUGGUCAGCUGGCCCAGAUAAUGUUGUAGUAUUAUCUUUAUUGUAAACAUGUAUGGCAUUCAUGAUACUCUGGUCAGGUCUGUUUGUCCUGGAAACAAAGACAGUUUAAAAGCCAUCCUUCCAUCCCAUCCUGGCUGAUUGUGAUGAGAUGGGAGUGGCACCUUUGCUUACUGAGAAUUCAAAGUGAACCAAAGGUCACGAAACCUCAAAGCAGGGUGGAGUUGUCGUUCUUGUAAUGCCAGUUGUCAUGCUGUUCAUUGCUGUAUCAAUCCACUGAAAUGUCCAAAUAAAACACACCCAAGUGAGACAACA